AUGGCCGAGCCUCUGGGGCGGUGUCCAGCCCUCCCGCCCGCCCCCCUCUCCCGCCGGGUCCCCGUCGCUGCGCCCGCCGCGCGCGGAGCGGGGACGCGAGCCAUGGAGGAGACACCGCCCCCGGGCUGCAGCAAGCCGCACCUGGAGAAGCUGACCCUGGGGAUCACCCGCAUAUUAGAAUCUUCCCCAGGUGUGACAGAGGUGACUAUCAUAGAGAAACCACCUGCUGAACGUCAUAUGAUUUCUUCAUGGGAGCAAUGUGUAGGAGUUGCUAAGCCAGCUUCUGGAUUUCUUUCAGAGGGAAUUAUUGCAUGUGUAACUGUGGAUUUGGUGUUUGUAGGGGAGGAGAAAAAUAACUGUGUGCUACCUGAGGAUGUGAAGAAUUUUUACCUGAUGACCAAUGGCUUCCACAUGACAUGGAGUGUGAAGCUGGAUGAGCACACCAUUCCAUUGGGCAGCAUGGCAAUUAACAGCAUCUCAAAACUGACUCAACUCAACCAGUCUUCCGUGUAUUCACUCCCGAAUGCACCAACUCUGGCAGACCUGGAGGAUGACGCACUUGAAGCCAGUGAGAACCAGCCAGAGAAGCCACACUUUGAUUCUCGCAGCGUGAUAUUUGAGCUGGAUCCUUGCAAUGGGAAUGGGAAGGUUUGCCUUGUCUACAAAAGAGGGAAACCAGCGUUAGCACAAGACACUGAGAUCUGGUUCCUGGACAGAGCAUUAUACUGGCAUUUUCUCACAGACACCUUCACCGCUUACUAUCGCCUGCUCAUCACGCACCUGGGCCUGCCGCAGUGGCAGUACGCCUUCACCAGCUAUGGCAUUAGCCCACAGGUCAAGCAGUGGUUCAACAUGUAUAAACCCAUCACCUACAAUACAGACCUACUUGCAGAAGAGACCAACUCCUUCGUGAACAAGCUGGAUCCCAGCAAAGUGUUCAAGAGCAAGAACAAGACCUUAAUCCCCAAAAAGAAAGGGCCAGUCCAGCCUGCAGUUCUCACAGGUGCAGCAGCAGAGGAACUAGGAGAGCAGUGGUGCCCUUCACAUCAGUGGGAGUCCUCAGGAGGCUAUAGAAGAGAGAAGGAAGGGGGCUCCGUGAAGGAAAGGAGAGCAGUGAAGAGCCAUGCUGGCUACCUGAGGUGCAGGACCCAGAGCGAAACAAAGAUGUGGUGCCUCAUGUCCAAAAAUUAGGAAAAUAGUACCAUUAAAAGUACUGAAAUGUUCUUUCUUCCAUGGUCUCUCUCACAUCUUGUUAUGCGGGGUUUUUACUUGCUACUUAAUGCUGUCCUAAGUAAUGAAAAAAAUUUAAAUUCUAAAUUAUUAGCAUUAAUUUUAUUCAUCUUUAUAGUACACAAUUCCUGUUUUAAAUGCAACUAGAAGAGCAGUGAACUCAUGCAGAAUCACCAAAAUUAGACAAUUUGUAUUUCAUAGCUUAUGUAUACAUGUUGUAUGAUAUACAUAUUUUGUCCUCACUAGAACACUGGAAACACUACAGAAAAGCCUCACUCAACUAUUAUUUCCCUCCUUGAUAUGUACACAUUCUAUCAACACUCUUUCACCUUACUGAUGAGUAAGGAAGGACUAAAAGAAAAAGUAGGAGCUGCCCUAUGUUUUCUUUUUCUCCUAAGUCAUCAUUUUCAGCAGACGUGGAUGGCUAACGAAGGAAAAUGACAGGAGUAAAAUAAGAAAAGUAACAAGAGUAGAAAAAGGAUAUGAUGGGGUUCCAGGGUCAUUCACACUUAGAAUGCCACUACCUUCCUUUUGCAUUCAAAUCAAGUCCGGUUCCAAUGGAAAGCAUGGCCUCUUGGGGCUCUCAGUGCCCCCACUUACUCAGUUGUAGGAAUAACUUGCUUAUAUUGAAUCUCUUCUCAACCUGCACAUGGUGGGUCUGCUGGAAUUCUGCGCACACCGGCGUCACAAAGGCUCCAAGUGAAUGGGGUGGUGGGGAGCAGUGGACACCCAGGAUCACCUCUGCUCCUGUGUAUGUGGCUUUGUCUCAUCAGACUUCACAUACAAAACACAAGUUCAAAGACAAGAUUAAGAACUCCAGACAGUGACAGGAGAGCAUUCAACCACGUGUGAGGCCCAGUGGGUGUGGGGCAUCACGUGUGCCCAUCACGUGCCUGUGAAGCCGCCCCCGUGAAGGAAGAAGGGAGCUCUCCUGAGGAAAGGCACAGACAGCCCGUAAGCUCGGUGUGCUAGCUGGGGAGAAAACUCACCCAUGAGAGUUGUGUCUCCAAACCAAAGCAACUGACAUGGCAGGAGGCUCUACCAUAAAUCAGCUGCCCAGAAAGAGAUACUCUGCUGGAAUCACAAAAUGAGAAUCAAUGGCAGGAUGCCUCACGAUGCACUGGCGUAGUUAAGAUUGUGCACGAAGUGCCACAUCCUUGUGCUGCAUGGGUCCUACAGCCAGGAAGUGCCCCAGCCAAGGACGGGACUGACGGGGGGCUACCUGCACAUAAUAAUCCAUAGAAUCUCUCCCUCGAUGCUGUGCCUCCCCAAACCUGAACAUGCAUCCAUGUCACUGGACUUGUGUGUAGAAAAUCAGAUACUCCUGUCCCACUCCAGACCCACUCAUCAAAACUGCAAAGAAAUACCAGGACUCUUCAUCAACUGCACUUGUGACAAGAAUGCUGACGGAGCCCGAAGCUUUCCACCUAAUGGGUCUGAGGGGUUGUGCUUGCACUGCAUGGACAAGAGCUCAAAAGCUGUUUUUCAUCUAGAAAAGCACGGACAAUGAUUGGAUCAGAAGGACCAAGGGGCCCUGUGUGAACACAUGUAUUUUGAAACCUUUUAUUUUGGAGAAUUUUAAAUAUUUACAAAGAUAAGUAGAAUAACGAACCCAUGGAUGUAUGCAUCACCCAGUUUCAGCAAUUCUUGUGACCAAGCAUUUCUAUGUAUCUGGUCUUUGCCCUUCCUUCCAAUUUUAAUUUUUAAAUAAUUCCAUUUUAAUUCACCUGUUGGUUUUUAAGUUACAGUUCUUCACAUUACAUUUUUAACAGCUGCUCUAAGGAUUGCAAUAUAUAUAAUAUAUAUUCUGUUUUCUGUUCAAUGCAGUACCCACUCAGACACAGCAUCCCUAAGUGGCCAUGCUUGUGUAGUAGAACUCUGGCCCCCUGACUGCAGGUCACCGGCAGUAGGUGGGUACCCGUUUAUACUGACUGCCCUUUAAUCCUGGGGGUCUUGUGGUGAGUUUUCUUCUUUGGUUUAAGCCAACCCAGACUGGACUGUUUCUCUCGCUGAAUAUGCCCUGGUUAGUACACAGCCUCCAUUACGGAGUUGUCGUGAGGAUUAAAUCAGCGCAUAGGUGAGCAAUCAAAAUAGUCCCUUCUUUUUCCCUUCCUCCUUUAUAAUGUGACUCCAACCUUCGUUGGACAUAGUUUUGUAAACUAGGUGUUCAUUUCUUGGAGUAAACAUAGGCCAAAGCAGUUUAUAUACAAAUUUCACUCCUUCCCCAAAAAAGGUAUAUAAAAUGAAUAAAACAGUAACAGAGUAUAUACAAAAGUAUAUUCUCUCAUACCUGCAUUAUCCAGUACUCCAGCGACUGACCACUGUAGCCAUCUGAACUUAAAAUCUAAAACUCUUCCUCAGUCUCUCUGGCAGCAUGUCAAGUGUUCGGUGACCACGUGAGUUUCGGGGCUGCCCUACAGAAUGGUGCAUAUAUAGAACAUUUCUGUCACCACAGAAAGUUCUACAGGGCCGCCCUGACCCAGACCGCACGGGACUUGUCUUCACCUCACAAUGCUCAGAGUAAUUCUGCUGCGAAGCCCUUUUAUAUUCCUACUGUACUCAAGAAAUCACCUGAAGACACUCUUUUUCUAAGUAAGACACUGCAUCCUGGGGCGCCUGGGUGGCUCAGUGGGUUAAAGCCUCUGCCUUCGGCUCAGGUCAUGAUCGCAGGGUCCUGGGAUGGAGCCCCGCAUCGGGCUCUCUGCUUAGCAGGGAGCCUGCUUCCUCCUCUCUCUCUGCCUGCCUCUCUGCCUACUUGUGAUCUCUGUCAAAUAAAUAAAUAAUACCUUUAAAAAAAAACCAAAAACACUGUAUCCUUUCCUACUUUAUAUAUUCUUUUUAUACCUCUUGGCUCACAGGGAAAGUCAGGGAUGAGGCAGCAUGUCCCUCCACUGUGGAAAGGCCCAGCGGGCUGUGCAGGUUCUGGGCUUUGCCCUGUGUGGCAGUCAAAGGCUAUGAGGCAGCUCAGCCUCUUGGCCUCUGCUGUGUCCAGCGUGGAAAGCGGACAGAAAGAAAAGAACAAUUUUCUGCCUCUUUGAGCACCUUCUCUCCUCUGCCCUUAAAGGAACAGGUGAGCCUGGCUUUGAGAACACCCUCCUGAGCUCAGAAAUAAGAACAUUUCUCAAAGUACCUACCAUUCCUUUGGAGAUAGGUUACCUUUUCCCACAGCAUCAAGACUGACAAAGAAUACCUUGGAGACCAACCAGAGCAGGGACACAAACAGUCCUCAGAAUGGUUCAAGUCCAGCUAAGGGAAAGACCUUGUCCUUCAAGCAAAAGCUGCAAAUAAAGACCAACUAUUAAGGGUAAGAUUAAACCUCUGGAAAAACCGCUUACCUUUACCACGGCUCCAGUUCCCAACUGUCCACUUUUAAACUUUAUUUGUAAAUAAGGUCAUCCCUUGGGGGACAGGUGAAGGCAGAUUUCUCUUGAGGGUACAUUUACAUGUGUGGAGGCUCCUGAGGCUCGUCUUCCACGGGUGGCUCUAGACUAUGGCCACACACAGGUUCUGAAACAGAGUAUUAGGAUUCCAGAACAUAGGCUUAUUAAGGAACUUCAAUUAAAAAAAAAAAAAAAACUUUUUUCUUUAAAAAUGUGAUUCUAAAAUGGACUGCUAUGGCCUUAAUUACUACUAACUCUACAAAUCAUGUUUUAGACCAUUUUUUUAAAAAUGGGAAAUCACCUUCAAUAUUAUCCAUUAAAAACAGGAAGAAUUCAGUCAAGCACAAGCAAAUUCAGAAAUUCAUCUUCUAUCAUUUUUCCAUAAAUACACCCUUAAAAAUUUAACCCAAGGGUGAACUUCUAUAUACAUAUGUUGAUUGAAGAAGUUGUCAAGUUCUACAACCUUUACAAUUUCAGGGCAGUUUUUCCUCCAAUGAGAUUCAAAUUAUUUUUUUCCUACCACCUGCUGAGAGGGGAUGCUGGAUUAGAACCCCUUUUUUUUUUUUUUUUUUUUUUCCAUUGAGACUGCAUUUCUAAGGUUGGGUUAAGGCAGGAAUCAACUCUUUUCCCUUGUCAUUUCUCAUCUUAUGCCUUAAUCUUCUGAGUCAAGAAGGUCUCUCAUGUUGAUGAAUUGCUCUAAUCCUGUGUCCAGCUCUACCACCAGCUGCUGUGUACUGAGUUCUGGUAGAGAUGACCUUGUU